AGAUGGUCGUAUUUUCCACAUACUAGCUCGGAUGGACCGACUGCAGCACAGCGUGAAAACUUUUUCCUGUGGGGCGGUGAUCUCUACGGAUGAAAUCCGCUCAUUUUCUCAGACUUUUGCGCUGUAAAAAGACAAAAUACAAGAGGAUUUUCAUUUAUAUUUAGCAAACGGAGCUUUAUAGUAAGGCUAAACACAGGGAAAAUCCUGAAUAUUAUAGUGUCCUUUUAAAUUAUUGCACAAACUUUGGUCAGUGUAACAUCGGCUCGGACAAAAAUUGGAUAAAUGUUUUUCUACAUUUAGACAUAAAGAGUUUCCGUGAGGGGGUGACAGCUGUAGCGCUGGACCCCUGGAGCAGAACGGAAUGACGUCACAGACCAGCAGCCCCAGACCCUGCAGAGUUUGACCCGGGAUGGAGCUGAAGGUGUGGGUUGAUGGAGUUCAGCGUGUGGUCUGUGGGGUCACAGAGGCCACAACCUGCCAGGAAGUGGUCAUUGCUCUGGCUCAAGCCAUUGGUCGCACAGGACGCUACACACUGAUUGAAAAAUGGAGGGACACCGAGCGACAUCUUGUUCCUCACGAGAGUCCGGUGGCCUCUCUGAACACGUGGGGGCAGUAUGCCGGUGACGUGCAGUUUAUCCUACACCGCACGGGCCCCUCUCUCAAUGAGUACCCCCCAACUGAAGGGCUGACUCCUCGGGGCCCAGAGCGUGGCUUGCAUCGACAGAGCCUACCACUGAUGGCCAAGCUCCGAGCUCCAGGUGACCGCUCCCUCCGUCGGCGUGAGCCACGGCGCAAAUCUCUGACCUUCACUGGUGUGCCCCGCAGUCUGAGAGACAUCCUGAGUGGAGGCAGGCUCGGCGACAGUAGUGCCAAACAACGAGAGGUUUUAGUGAGAAGUGCCCACAGUUCGCCAUCAAUGUCCCCUCGAUUAUCAGGCAAACGCGUGGAGGAUCUUACCCAACUGGUGAGGCUGCAAAGGGAGACUCUUUCAGUUCUAGACAGCAGGAUUGAGGCAUACGAGGCAGAGCUUCGGAUGUUAACUGAGAAAAGAGCUGGACUAGAGGAUGACGAACUGUAUGUGAAGAUGACAGAGGAGGUUUCAAGGUUGGAAAAGCAGGUGCGAAGGAACAAGGUGGAGAUCGAGGAAGAGGAAUUCUGGGCAACUGAGCUCCAGAUCGAGCGGGAGAGCGAGAGGCAGCUACAGGAACGAAUUCAGGAGUUGAGUAGUCGGCUGCACAGUUGUGAGGUGGAUCUGGAACAGCGGAUGAUGUCUCUGCAGGGUGUAGAGGCAGGGAUAGAGGCUCAAAGGCAGCAUAAAGAGAUCAGAGAGACCCAGCAGGCCAGUGAAGGGGAGGUGAAGGCUAGACUUCAGAGAGUGAAAGCAGAACUCAAGGCUCAGGCUCAGCACACGGCCCAGCUUGAAAACAGCUCAAGAGCAGUGGACCGCUCACUGGCUGAGUCAUGCAAGAGACUGCAGGAGAGUCAGUACGAGUUGGAGCAGCUGACGAAAGAGUUGAGGCAGGUAAACCUUCAGCAGUUCAUCCAACAAACAGGCACCAAAGUUACAGUUCUGCCCGUGGAGCCUGGCGAUGAGGACUCUAGCAACACAACUGGAGAUAAAGACUUUGCUGCAUUAACUGGCUCGUUGAAACGACCAGGUUUAUCUUAUCCAGUGGUUGGCAGCAUCCGUGGACUCCAUAGUCCAAUCUCCUCAGGUUUGAAUCCUGAAGGCAUCUACGUUUGAGGACCAUAAAUCACUUCAGAUUUUUAAAAACCUCUCCAUAUAUGUUUUUUGCUGAAUUAUUUUUAUUCUUUGCUAUUCUUUAUGCUCAGCAUAAAGGAGAACCAUUGGUAAAACUGCAUACCAUUUUAAAUACAAACAAAAGUAUUCUGAUUUUCAUAUGUGUAUAGUAUCAUUGCAGUGUCUACUGUUUGAAAGUGGUACCUGAAGCCUUGUCACAUAAAAACUAUUAGAUGAAGGAUGAAUUACUUUGGGAGUUUAUAUUUUUGUAUUCUCAUUUUAAUCUCUAAAA